AUUUUCCCGACGUUCACGACAUUCGUGUUGCAAAGCAAACGUCAACAAUUCGCUGCGAAUAGGAAUUCAUUUUAUAUUUACAAGUGCUGCGUUCUCAAUAAUAUUUAGUGCCCCGUUUUUGUUUUAAUGUAAAAUGAAUAGAACUGAGGGUUUGGUACAACGUAAACACGUUGCAAAAGACAAUAAUUCAGAUGGUAAUUUGAAAGAAAACCACGACAUCGAUGAUAAGAAAAAUGAUAAAAGCUAUGAUGACGGAGAUUCAAAAGAAACAAGAUUGACAUUAAUGGAAGAAGUAUUACUUUUAGGAUUAAAGGAUAAAGAGGGUUACACAUCAUUUUGGAAUGACUGCAUAUCGAGCGGCUUGAGAGGAUGUAUUCUCAUCGAACUGGGCUUAAGAGGUCGAGUAGAGUUGGAAAGAGCUGGUAUGAGGAGAAAGGGACUGCUGUCUAGGAAAGUCAUUGUAAAAUCAGAUACACCUACAGGAGAUGUCCUAUUGGAUGAAGCUUUGAAACACAUGAAAGAAACUGAUCCACCAGAAUCUGUACAAAGCUGGAUAGAAUAUCUUAGUGGUGAAACAUGGAAUCCCAUGAAACUCAAAUAUCAAUUAAAAAACGUCCGUGAAAGGUUGGCUAAGAAUUUAGUAGAAAAAGGUGUCCUGACGACUGAGAAACAAAACUUUUUGCUCUUUGAUAUGACCACGCAUCCCCUGACAGACAACGUAGUGAAGUGCCGCUUAGUUAAAAAGGUGCAAGAAGCGGCGCUGCGGCGCUCUGUGACAGACGUGGCGCACGCCGACAAGCGGUCGCUGGCGCUGCUGAUGCUGGCGCACUCGGCCGACGUGCUGGAGAACGCGUUCGCGCCGCUCUCCGACGAGGACUACGAGCUGGCCACGCGCCGCGUGCGCACGCUGCUCGACCUGGACUUCGAGGCCGAGGCCAUGCGCCCCGAGGCCUGCGAGAUCAUGUGGGCCGUCUUCGCCGCCUUCACUAAAUAACAAUUAUUCAUAAACAUUCACGCGUACCGAUUAUAUCGUUAUCGCUGACAACCAGGAAGUUGCGAAAUUUAUAAUUCGUAUCGAAAUUAUCAACAGAAAGGCGACUUGAUAGUUCAAAUCCCGUAAUGUAAUUAUUUGCAAAGCGAUGUCCGAGUGGGAGAUGAUUACUUUUAUGAGAUUUCAAUCGCCGUCGGUUUUCUAAUAAAGACGGGUUAAAUAUCGUUAUAGUAAGAAGUGAGUUGUUAGUGUCAUGGGGUUUUGUAUGUCAAAUAAAAGCCAGUAUUACUUAAGUUUGAGCUGUUCAGAUUAGAGUCAAAAACAUCAAAUUCCUGACAAAGGAUAUCCCAGCUUCCUGAUUUAAAAUAUUCCUUCCUGACAUACAUUGGAAUUUUUGCACAAUUUUUCUUAAUUUUUGAUAUGUCAGAUUGUGUAUUAGAUUUUUAUAUGUACCUAUUUUGUAAAGUGUAACCCAGUUAAAUGUAACAAUAUAAUUUUAAUGUACCUAAGUAGAUUUAUGUGCUGAUGGUAUUACUUAAAUAAAAUGAAUUCAAGCUUUUCUGAGCAUGAUGUGACUUUGAUUUAGAUCUUUUGGUACAUUAAAACGUUUAAAAUAAGUUAAUGAUUUUGUAUAUUUUUUAUAUAUGGAUCCAAGAGUGUCUGAAUUUGUAGUAUUUCUUUCUGUCUUCUUUAUUUACUAGACUAUGGUUUAUUUUAGAAAUAGGAACGCUUGCCUUGCUGUAUUGAACUGUAUCUAUAAAUGUCAGAGUAAUUAAGUUAUGUAUCUCGAAACACUGUUAGUAACAGAUAUGAAGAUAUCACGAUCCACAUUAAAUUUAUUAGUUUUUAAAAGUAGUUUAGUUCGCGUAGUAAUUUCCAUGCGUUGUUUGUUUUGCAAUUCUAUGCAGUUUCGAUAGAUUUAUUUUUAUGAAUAUUGCUUUUAAAUUAAGUAACUUAGUGGGUGAUGUUGUAUGUGUCACAAUAUAACAUUAUUGUGAUAUACCUAAAUGAAUGGUGGCUCAGCUCAAAAUACGAUCCUGAUACGAGUUAGAACAAGCAAUAUCUUAAAGUUUUUGGUGCCACGGUGUUACAACUAUUACAAGGACAGACUAUGUAGCAUGAUUGCGUUUAAGUUCCUUAAAUCGGAGCUGUAUUAUCUAGAACAGGCAUAAACUCAAUCAUACUACUACCACUGCAGGUGCUCUAGGUUUAGGUAUGUAUCACUGUUCAGUAUGAUUUUUGUCGACUAAAACUUUGAGGCAGCAAUUCUACUUUACCUCAAUGCUUUUGUACUGGGUACCAGGCUUACAAAAUGUUCAGAAAAACGCAGAACGCCUUUAUUGGAGUGACUCGUAUGUGUCAUGAUUGUCAUGAAUCACUAGAGUCGAUACCUAGUUAUUAAGUAGCUUAAAUUUAAAUCGUGGUGUAAGAUAAGUUUCCUUUUAUUUAUCAUUUAUUUCGAAACACGUUAUACGUUGGGACAUUGUUUUAAUAAAUUAUAUUUGUACAUAAAUAGUCUAUGAUGUAUAACAAAAUUAAGGAAAUAGAUCGAAUACAAAAUUCACAAUUUAAGAAGUGUGUAAAAAAAAUAGUUAUAAAAUGUAUCAUAAAAUUCAUACAUGUAAUGGUAUUAAAAUUAUUGAAAUAUAUUCCUUAGUACCUAUUAA